AUGGAGGUUUCAACUCAAGCAGCCGUUGAUGUGUUUUCACUGCCUUCUAAAACUGAAACCCUAGAGGCCAAAUCCCUUAUUGUUGCUGAUGGGUUUUCUUCACAGUUACAGAUUGAAGCCUUAAACGAUGGUCUUAUGGAAGACCCACAUGGGGAUUCAAUAAUUUCACCUAAUUCUUUCAAAACCCCACCCGACUUAAGCCGUGGAGACCAGUAUUUGGUUUCUCUAUCUUCAAAUUCAAAUGGGUUUUCACAAAUUUCGACUUCAAUGCCACAAUCUGAAGAAACCCUACCCGGGACUUUGCCGCCUUCUCAUAUUGUAAACCCAGGUCACCAGCUUUCGGUUCGUUCACAGUCAAAUCAAGAUGGGUCUGGGUCUUUAAUAGCUAAUGGCAGUGAAGAUGGGUUUUUGUUAGAUUCUGACCGGAGUUCGGUCGCUUAUUGUGAUGGUGAUAAUGGUGUUCUUGCUGAUGGUGCUAAUAAUCAUAACAGUGAGCCUCAUUCACCCAUGCGAGUAGAACCUGAAAAACUAGCUUCGAGCUCCUCUGACCGGAAGCUUGCUGAUGGAUAUGUUGAGGAUGAGGAAGAGGGUUUUGGCGAUGAUGGUGAAAAGGAAGAUCCGAGGCUAUCUUUUCAUCACAACCCCAAUCAUUACUGGGGCCAUUCUGAUCCUGAAUUCGAUGACCAUCAUCCGGGUUUGCCUCCUCCAUGGAUGAGGAGGUUUCAGCGACAGCCGGGUCCUCAAUGGUGUGAUAGUUGGGAUGACAGAGAGAAUAGUAUGCAGGAAACCAGACCUACUGGUGUGGGUGCUGGGCUUUUUAAUAAAGGAAACACAUGCUAUGUUAAUGCAAUCCUGCAAUGCUUCACGCAUACCGUGCCACUUGUUCAGGCUCUUCGUUCUUGCAAUCAUGCAAUGCCCUGUAGUACGGAAGGAUUCUGUGUUCUUUGUGUUCUCCGUGAUCACAUUGAACUUUCUUUAUCUUCGUCUGGAAAGAUUCUUGAGCCUUUGAAACUUGUCAACAAUUUGAACAACAUCUCAUCAUUUUUUCAUCGAUAUCAGCAGGAAGAUGCCCAUGAAUUCCUCCAAUGCUUUUUAGAAAGACUUGAGAGGUGUUGUUUGGAUUCAAGCCUAAAUGAUGAUAGCUCAACCUCCCCAGAUAAGAACAUAGUUGAGCGGGUAUUUGGAGGCCGUCUUGUGAGCAAAUUGCGAUGCUGCAAUUGUGGUCACUGUUCUGAUAAAUUUGAGCCCCUGAUCAACCUGAGUUUGGAGAUUGAAGAUGCAGACACUCUUCAAAGUGCCCUGGGGUCAUUCACCAAGGUGGAGAAAAUUGAAGAUUCGGACACAAAGUUUAGGUGUGAAAUCUGCAAGGAAGAAGUUUCUAGGGAAAAGCAGCUUAUGCUGGACCAUGCUCCUUCAGUUGCUGCUCUGCAUUUGAAGAGAUUCAAAACUGAUGGGACCUCUUUUGAGAAGAUAGGCAAGCAUGUGGAGUUUCCAUUGGAGUUGGACUUGAAGCCCUACUCCAAUGACAACGAUGACUGUGAUCAGGUGGGCUUCAGGUAUCAACUAUAUGCAGUUGUGGUGCAUAAAGGAUAUUCACUAACUUCUGGACAUUACUUUUGCUAUAUAAGAUCCUCUCCAGACACAUGGCAUAAGUUGGAUGACCCAGAGGUAAGCAAGGAAGAAGAAGAGUUUGUGCUAUCUCAAGCUGCCUACAUUCUGUUCUAUGCCAGGGAGGGUACACCCUGGUGUUCAAGUUUGAUCAAAUCACAAGAGCUUUUCUCAGGUCCGAGCAAUUCAAAUACAUCACCCAAGUCAGUUCUAGAUAAUGUUAACAGUGAAUACACUAGUGUAGUGAAUAUAAAAGAUUCUGAGACCAAUGUAAUUAAGGAUGCAAUUGAGGCAACUUCAACUGACAUCUCCUGUGAUAGAAAGCUUGAAAACAGUGAAUCUAGAUUUGAAACUGAGGGAGUUUCUGCUCAGAUUCCCCAUGCCGAUGGACCAAACUUACCUUGCAUGUUGUCUAUUGGCGGGACCCCCAUGGUUGAUGUUUCUGUGCCAGUUGGAGUAAGCGAUUGCCAAGAUGGAGUUUUGCGUGAUGAGAUGUUAUGUUUUCCACCUUCUGUUGAAGAAGAUAACUGCAAGCAGGGUGCUGAGAAAAUUGGAAGAAAUGGUGAUCUUCCUCCCCCACCUCCACCCAGAUCGCCCAAUACAGAUAUAUAUCAUGGAGAACUGCCAGAAGCCAGACAUCACGUUCCAUUAGAUCAUCUGAAUGUGGAGAACCAGGUAAAUGGUAAAAGAUCAUCAAAAAGGGUAAAAAAGGAUUCACAGACAACAGAAGCUCUUAGAUGCAUCAAGAGAAUGCCAACUGCAAGGGGCAUGAAACUUAUGGCUGCCAUGCUUCCUAGGAAUGACAAGAUAAGACCAAGAUCAUCUCCAUGUAAAAGGGCCAGCCCUCCUGGUUCUCGCCGUAAAACCAUGCGCAUGGCAGUUAUGCGAUGA